UACACAAACAACAUGGCUUCCUGAACAACUUGAUUAUUUCUUCCCUGUCUAUAUCUUGCUGAAACACUUGGCAGUAAUGGGUGCUGGUGCUGGUAAAUCUCCUGAAUAUGGAGUUCGUGUAAAUCCCAGGGUAGAUUAUGCGGAACGCCUUGGCAAAAAAGCUGGAAAGGACUUGAUCAUUGAUGCACCGGCCAUAAUUGACCUACAGCAUGGAACAAUCAGAUACCGAGAAAUUGAUGAAGGCAGGAAAGUGAAAAAGGCUGGACGCAUAGAGAGACCACAUGAAGGACCUGAAAGAGACAAGAAGCAUGGUUACUUUUACCAUUCAAGACUGACAGACUUCAGUGAAAAUGCUGAUGAAAAGAAAGAGGAAGAGUUCAAGUUCUACUAUGUCUUCCAGGGUCCAAACCGAACCAAACAAAAACAGCUUCAUUAUGUCUUUGGGCGUGGUAUGGGUGCCAUAGAUCCAGGCAUAGUCAGGAAAUCAGACAAACCGAGUGGGAAAGGUUAUGUGUGGCCAACCGCUUUCAGACAGCCAAACCAUAUCUACUAUGAUUUGCACUUCAUACCGCAGACAUCAGAACUUGAGCCUGAAGAUGAUGCUGAUGAUGUGAGAGAGGAUGUGACAGCUGAAAAAACAAUGCAUUACACGAUGAAACUGGACACAUCCGAUACAGCUGGUCAUGUCAAGGAAAGGCUGGCCGUCAGGCAGUUGAAGUCCGCCAUCAAUAUUCAUAUCAUACGGCGCGGAGCUGAACUGAUGGAUGAAGAAGUGAUUGGAGACCUUCGCAGUCCAAACCAAGAGCAAUGGCAGGCAUUCAAAGUGAAGCUGCUUCUGUCGUGAAGAAUGAUCGAACAGUGCAGACAGUUAUACAGUCUUUCUUUCUUGUUGAUAUUGAUAACUUGUGGUAGCUAGUCUCUUUUUGUCAGUGAUGGUACAAGUCAGUGAUUGCAACGAGUUUAGGCUUAUUUGCAGCUAGUCCAAAUGUCUCAUCAAACGACCAUCCGUCCGUUAACUUUGUUUACUUGCAUGUUACUGAUUCGUAUAAAUCUUUUCAUUAUAUCCUCUGUUAUUUUCAUGCAAAUGAGACUAUUAAUUAUCAUAUGUAAUCAUCAUUACAGUCUUGUAAUAUUUUUGAAUAAAAAACAGUAUUUGAUUAUUCGCAUAAAAUCAAAAAUAUAUGUCAUUUGAAAAUUUUAAGAUGACACUGACCAUAUAUGUUUGUGGGUAGAGUACUACAAUAAUGUAUUGAGUAUUACAACAAUGUAUUAUGUUAUGUGUUCCGUAUAGUGUAACAGCUGCUGGCCAGCUUCAAAUGUACAACUUUCUUUGUGGUAGUAUGUAGUAAACACUUGCCUGUUUGUGGUUUCCAAUGAUAAGGCAAGCUGAAGCCUGUAAUUUUCCAAAGAAACAUUGUGAUCAUGAAAACUGCUGUUCAGCUUCUUAAUGAGAUUCUUUGUAUAUCGAAGCUAUAAUGUUUAUUUUUGGAUCGAAGAGCCGUUUUACCAAUUUUCUCCUUUUUUUCUAAUAUUCCAGAGAAUAUUCCAGGUGUCAGUCUUUGGAAAGCUCAGGACGUUUUGAAACAAUAUUCAUGCACAUGUAUACGUAUAUAUGAAAUAAAAAAAUUAACGUAUUCAUACAGAAAAUAAUUGUGUGGACUGUUGGUGAAUGUCGAAUUUCAAUGAUUAAAAUAAGACACCUUCUGAGAGUCCAAAU